CUCGCACAGGAAGUUUUGUUGACAUCCAAGAUGGCGGCGUCCGCAAAUGAACAAAAUACCACCGACCAACCAUUAGAAGACUCGUUAAAUUCCACUGUGACAGGUAGUCAGGACGGCGGCUGUUUAUCACUAAUUUCCGACGAGUUACGCGACUAUGUGGUGGAGUUUUUGGACAAAGAGGUGGGCAGCGACGUCAAAUCCCUGAAGAACGUUGGUAGCCUGCUGGAUAAACUCAAGGAGGAAAACAGCUUACUGGAAGAACAGGUCUUGACAGCGUCCAGCUCAGUGCCUCCUCAAGUGUCUGCAGCUCUGUCUGCAGCUGAAGUUGCCAGAUGUUCUUUGGAGGAGCUGCUACAGAGAGAAAAACACAUCUCUGAAACACUGCACCAGCAUCUUGAGGAGGUCCGGCCUUGGAUGGAUACCCUUGGGCAGACUCUUAAUCAGGUUGAGACAGUGGAGAGACACAUGAAUUACCUCCGCUGCCUUCAGCACAUUGAAGAGCUCAGUGCCGUUGUCCAGCAGUGUCUGAUGACCAGCAGUGUGUGGGAGGCCAUCAGGGCUGUUGAGAGCAUGGCUGUGAUGGAUGCCGGGCUGAGCCAGUCGAGAUGUUCUCAUCUCCGUGACUUUCUCAGAGAAACUCUACAGUUCUGGCACAAGAUCAUCAAAGACCGCCUGGCCGGUGAUUUGGAGAAGGUGUUGACACAGCUUCACUGGCCGAUCAUCUCCCCUCCGACCCAGUCCCUGACACCCACUGCCAAUGGGCAAGAACUCGCCAGCCAGCUGGAGCUGCUCGUCGCUCAACUGCUUGCCCUGCAGACACCUGACGACCUUGUCUCUCAGCGGACAUUUGCUUCCUCGAAAGCUGAAACUUCCACCCAGGGUGCUCCUUCAGCGCCGCCUUCUCCUCAAGCUCCUCCUCUUUGUCUGCCCAUCCAGAUCAUGCUGCAGCCACUCAGCAAGAGGUUUAGGUACCACUUCUAUGGCAAUCGACAGACCAACACCCUCAGCAAGCCGGAGUGGUACCUCACUCAGGUGCUAAUGUGGAUAGGGAACAGCACAACGUUCAUGGAGGAAAAGAUCCAGCCCAUCCUGGACCGAGCUGGUGCCACCAUCAUUGCCAGGGUGGAGCUGUGUCGAGGCCUGCUAUCUUUAGUCCAGGAGAAGGUGACUGGCGAUGCAUCCCGCCUGCUCUACGACGAUGCGCUCUUUUGCCACCUGGUGGAGGAGGUGCUGCAAUUUGAGAAGGAGCUGCGAAGCAACCACUCGUACCCGGCGUCUCUCCCCGGUCUGCUCCACCUCCUGCUGGAGGACGCCAUCCUUCAGAAGUGGCUCACAGUGGAAAAGAAGAUGGCCGUGGAGAAAGUGGACGCCAUGCUGUCAGCCGAGGGCGCGUGGAGCUCUCAGUAUAAAGACAUCCGUGACAUGGAUGAACUUAAGUCUCCGGACUGUGCUGAGACGUUCAUGACUCUGCUCCAGGUUAUUACGGACCGCUACCAGGCUUUACCCUGUGUCUCUGCACAGCUGAAGUUUCUGGAAUUGCAAAGAGAACUGGUCGACGACUUCCGUAUACGACUCACCCAGGUGAUGAAGGAGGAGUCACGCUGCCCGCUCAGUCCGCGCUACUGUGCCAUCCUCAAUGCAGUCAACUACAUAUCAACCAUCCUGACAGACUGGGGAGACAACGUGUUCUUCCUGCAACUUCAGCAGGCUGCAGUGUCCCUCGGCGAUGAGGCAGUCGUGGGAGGCCUCGGGAUGAUGGAGAUGGGUCGCCUGGCUUCUCUGGAGGGCUCGCUGUUUGAAGGUCUGCUGGCCUUGCUGGAUCGACUCAAAGGUGACAUGAUGGGGAGGCUGCUGGAUGGAAUCAUGAGAGACAUCACAGAGAAAGCCACAGCAUACUGCCAAGACAGGUGGUUUUCUCAUCCAUCCCAGCAUGACAUGUCUGCCAUGACUUUGUCCAGUUCUGCAUGUCCCAUGAUGCUUUGCAUCAGGGACAGUCUGUUGAACCUCCACCAGGUCCUGAGUUUGUCUCUGUUCCAGCUGGCUUGGCAGGGCCUUGCAGAAAGACUUGACAGUUUUCUGUACCAAGAACUGAUUCUGUCUAAUCAUUUCAGCGAUGGCGGAGCGGCUCAGCUUCAGUUCGACAUGACCAGAAAUCUUUUUCCUCUCUUUGGUCACUACUGCAAACGACCGGAGAACUUUUUUAAGCAUGUCAAGGAGGCUUGCAUCAUCGUAUGUCUCAACGUGGGCUCUGCCAUCCUGUUGAGGACGCUCAUUAAGGAGUCUGAGGAGGAGACGAGGGAUUGGACGGGGAGGGAUGACCCUUCACCGCAAUCUGCGUUGAACGAGUUGGGCGUUUACUACUUGGCUCCCUGUGAUGUCUUCAUUCUCCUCAACCUCAGAGCCUCCUGGCCUGGACAGUGACGUGUGUGCUUUAUGAUUUAAAUCAAGAUCAGUAUGCAACCCAUUUUGAUACUAACAAAACACCUAUCGACUUGAUCUGAAGUGAUUCUAAAUCCACCUUCAAGGAACAUUUGCACAUGAACCCAAGCUGGUGUCGAUACUUUUAUUCCAAAAAUCAUAAGACUUUUUAAAGCUAGAUGCACAACUACAGUCCUGCUUUUUUUCCCCCCUCGAGACACACCGUAGCAAUAUUUUCAAGCAUUACUAUCAAAAUGUCUUUUUAAAAGGCAAAAACAAAACAACAGACAUUACAUGUACAAAUGAUACUCUAAAGCAUUGUUUCCCGAUCUCUAUUGAACCAAGGCACAUAUUUUACAUAAGAAAAAUCACACCUUGACUUAUUCUGUUGUAUGAAUGGCAACAGGUAGCUAAUAAUGUACCUUCUGCCAUUUAGUGGAAGAGCAUUUCAUUGUUACAUUUCAUUGGUGAAAUUGGAUGCCGCGGCCAAAGCGGUUGGGAAUCACUGCUCUAAAGGCGCAAACUGUUCCCAUGGGGAUGAGGAAGCUCUGCAUCUUUCUGUACAAAUACUUUUUUCAUCAACUUAUAGAAGUCCCAUUGAUGGUAUAAAGUCCUACAUCUAGUCCACUGGCUGCUCCACAACCUGGAUGUUGAUUUUGUCCUUAUUGCCUCUGUUGUGUCCUGGUAGUUUGAAGUUCUCUUCAGUUAAAUCACUCUCAUCAUGGGAGUCCUCAUCAGAGGCUGAUGCGUCCUCUUCAUCCUCAGAGUCGCUGAGCUCCACCAGCGCAACGUCCUGGAAAGAUGGCAAUACAUUCAAAAUACUCGAGAUAGAAAAUACAUUCGCAAAACGUGCUUCCCACUCACCAUCUCUAUCACUUUUUCCGCCUCCUCGACAUUCUCUAUGUCGAAGUGUGCUGCAGAAGAUCCCUCCAUCUGCUGCUUGAGCUUUUGAUUGGCUUCUGCAAUCUGCGGGAGGAAACUCUGCAGACGCCCCAUCACUGACACCAAACAAAAACAUAAACCAUUAUUUCUUCAUCUAAGCUCAGUUGCAAGCUACAAUGCAAAGCACAUCUCACCGCUGCUUGGUGGAACCCUUUCAGUCUUCAGGCCAGUCGCUGGUUUAAGGAGUAACUUCUCAGAAAGACCUGUGACGUAAUUCAAUAAAAACAAAUAUGCAUAGUGUCGAUUCUUUACAAAUAGCUAGCAUGUGUUCCAAUAGUAAUGCUACGAGCUAACGCUAGCCCCUCUUCACGCCAGAACGUCUAACCUCCCUUCUAACAUCAAAGAAAAAGCUUUACAAACCUCCACCACUGCCCCAUGACAGCAAAUCCUGGGAACUCGAUUUAUUUGUAUUUUUAUCCAUCGCAAAAGCGACACGACUACAAAACAAUCGUUACAUGUGUUGUUCGUCAACACAACAUCCGGGUUGAAGGCAUAACAAAUAAUGCUGAUGUUCGAGUAGCGCCCUCUAUAGUUUGAGAGUAAAAUGACAUACAGCUACGACUGUUGCAAAUUGUUUUUCGUAAUUGAUGAUAAUUUAACAAAUACAAAA